AUGGAGACCGACGAAUUGUUGCAGCUUCUUAGCCCAGACAUUCAGGAGGCACAGACGAGAGCCACUGCGCGGAUGUCAAACCGUCGACCCCACAACAACGAUCACCAACGGGGGGACACACAGUUGCAGCGUGCGACACAGACAGCCACCAACCAUGGUAACAACGUACACCAACGUCGAGCCCAACUACGACAUGUGGCGGGUGCCAGGCACAGGCGCCACCAGGAUUACGGCAUAUCCCUCGCUGUCACAAUUAUAAGGCAGCGACACAGGACAACCGUGUCCAAUAUCAGUUGA